AUACUUCUCAUCAAGUCUGAAGUUUUUUUUAUAAUCCUAGAAUAUGUACUGCAUAUUACAUAGGCAGUUAUGGCCACGCAGUUAGUUCAUGGAGAGAGUGCAGUAAUCCAUUGGCUGCAGGGUUAGUAAUUUUCAUUCAACACAGUCCAAUAGCAGCUGGAGAGAGAGAGAGAGAGAGUGAGAGAGAGAGGGAUGGAGAGAGCGUAAUCGGUUACAGCAACCUUGUAUGAUUUUCGGAGAAUGCGAAGAUUUCAUGACAGUGAAACGUUUUUUCUGUCUGUUGAUUCAAACGUGUCGCCGAUUACUACGUGAGAGCUAUUUAAGAGCAAAAUUUGCAGAUGGUCGCGUUCGUUUGGGCUUAAAGACGUGAUAGGGACAUUUUCUCGAGGGCUCCUAUUUUUUUCCUGCGAUAUUUUGUCAAUUUCAGCCCGGACCUCUGAAAACGAGACCGAUGGUGCCUCUUCUCUAGGGGCUGAUCAUUUGGGCUGGAAUUAAGUCAGGGAAGUAAUUGCAGCAGAAAAGACAGAGAAUUACAUCUCUCCCCCUGUCAACACAAGGGCCAGGCUCUGUCAAAGCCCCCCUGACAUGGAGCUCGCGGAUAUGGCCCGUCUGACCAGGGAACCUGCCGUCUGUCAAUCUGAUGUUAGAAGGCUAAAGUGAGACGACUGGUGCUCUACUGCACACCACUCAUGCAGCAGGGGACCAUGUCAAAGCCAAGAGAAAGCGUAUGGCUACCUAUUAUUCUCUCAGUGCUUGGCGUAAUGCAGAACGCCAGUGUGUUCCUCUGGAUGGCUGCCUUGGCCCUGCGAUUCACCGUCACUCAUUGUCAGCAAGCACAAUUCUCCAUCGUCACCACAAACUAUGGGAAACUGCGUGGACUAAAGACCCCCCUACCUAAUGAGAUCCUGGGCCCCGUGGAACAAUACCUGGGGAUCCCGUAUGCUCUGCCCCCCACGGGUGAGAGGAGAUUCCAGGCCCCUGAACCGCCUGCCUCUUGGCCUGGCAUACGGAACGCUACUCAGUUUGCCCCGGUUUGCCCGCAGUACCUAGAAGACAGGUUCCUGCUCAGCGACAUGCUACCAGUGUGGUUCACUGCCAAUCUGGACACAGUAGCCACCUAUGUGCAGGACCAGAGUGAAGACUGCCUGUACCUGAACAUCUACGUCCCUACAGAGGAAGAUAUUCAUGAUGAGAAUGGUCUGAAGCCAGUGAUGGUGUACAUUCACGGUGGAUCAUAUAUAGAAGGCACCGGGAAUAUGAUCGACGGCAGCAUUCUGGCAAGCUAUGGGAAUGUCAUUGUAGUUACCAUCAACUACAGACUUGGAGUUUUAGGGUUCCUCAGUACCGGAGAUCAAGCAGCGAAAGGAAAUUACGGAUUACUUGACCAGAUCCAGGCACUCAGAUGGAUAAAAGAAAACAUUCAAGCCUUUAAUGGCGAUCCGAAGAGAGUGACCAUAUUUGGAUCUGGAGCAGGAGCCUCCUGUGUCAGCCUACUGACACUGUCACACUACUCAGAAGAUCUUUUUCAGAAGGCUAUUAUUCAGAGCGGCACAGCCCUGUCAAGCUGGGCUGUGAACUAUCAGCCAGCCAAAUAUACACGUAUGCUGGCUGAGAAGGUCGGAUGCAACAUGAUGGACACUGUGGAACUGGUUGAGUGCCUCCAAAACAAAAACUACAAGGAGCUCAUUGAGCAGAGUGUCAACGCUGCUAAGUAUCACAUCGCCUUUGGGCCUGUUAUUGACGGGGAUGUGAUCCCAGAUGAUCCGCAGAUCUUAAUGGAGCAAGGGGAGUUCUUGAAUUAUGACAUCAUGCUGGGAGUGAAUCAAGGAGAGGGCUUCAAGUUCGUGGACGGCAUUGUUGACAGCGAGGACGGGGUGCCGGGGAACGAGUUUGAUUUUGCCGUGGUGGAUUUUGUUGAUCAUUUGUAUGGCUACCCAGAGGCCAAGUACACACUGCGGGAAACCAUCAAGUUCAUGUACACCGAUUGGGCGGAUAAGGAGAACCCGGAGACACGCAGGAAAACCCUUGUGGCCCUUUUCACUGACCACCAGUGGGUGGCGCCAGCGGUGGCGACGGCGGACCUGCACGCCCAGUAUGGAUCCCCCACGUACUUCUACGCCUUCUACCACCACUGCCAAAGCGACAUGAAGCCCAGCUGGGCUGACUCCGCACAUGGAGAUGAGGUUCCUUAUGUGUUCGGGAUCCCCAUGAUUGGGCCCACCGACCUCUUCAACUGCAACUUCUCCAAAAAUGAUGUCAUGCUGAGCGCUGUGGUGAUGACGUAUUGGACAAAUUUUGCCAAGACUGGAGAUCCUAAUCAGCCUGUACCCCAGGACACCAAAUUCAUCCACACCAAGCCCAACCGCUUCGAAGAGGUGGCCUGGUCAAAGUACAACCCUAAGGACCAGCUGUAUCUGCACAUCGGAUUGAAACCACGCGUUAGAGAUCACUACAGGGCCACUAAAGUUGCCUUUUGGUUGGAGCUUGUGCCCCAUUUACACAAUAUAAACGAACUCUUUCAAUAUGUGUCCACAACCACCAAGAUACCUCCUCAGGACACUACUCCCUUCUCGUACACCAAACGCCUGUCUGGGAAGUUAUGGCCCUCCACCACACGACACCCCACCACCCCUAACACAAACAACAAGCAAGUCACCGACGAGCAAAACCCAGGAAACCCGGAAGAAAACAGCCUAAUCAUCGAGACCAGACGGGAUUACUCCACUGAAUUGAGUGUGACUAUCGCAGUGGGUGCCUCCUUGCUCUUCCUGAACAUCCUGGCCUUCGCUGCGCUUUACUACAAGAAGGACAAGCACCGCCACGAGUCCAGCCGGCGGCUCAGCCCACAGAGGAACAUCAGCAACGAUAUCGCGCACCUCCAGAACGAGGAGCUCAUGUCCCUGCAGAUGAAGCAGCUGGAGCACGAGCACGAGUGCGAGUCCCUGCAGGCGCACGACACGCUCCGGCUCACCUGCCCGCCUGACUACACGCUCACGCUGCGCCGCUCCCCCGACGACGUCCCGCUCAUGACGCCAAAAACCAUCACCAUGAUCCCCAACUCGCUGGCAGCGAUGCAGCCUCUGCACCCCUACAGCCCGUUCAACUCUCAGAACAACACCAGCAUCCCCCACGGACACUCAACCACACGAGUAUAACUGCCUCUGCCACAGACUGUGGCCAGGCACCAUUUCAGACGAUUUAGAUUUAAACUAUGUACAGUAUAUCUCUGUGUCUGAGCAAAGACACAUAAAUGUUAUUUUGUUACGGAUUAUACUUAUGAAUAACAAAAUUGAACUUGACUAACAUUAAAAAUGUAAAAGAUGAAUGUAGAAAAUGUUAGCAUUCGUAUCUUAUUUUAUGGAGAGAGAGAGAGUGAGGCUCAAGGGACUGAAACCCAUUAGAACAGGUUGAGUUUUCUCAAACGUACCACCACAGCGUUGAGAUCAUUAUGAGAACACUGAUUGAGAACACUGCUUUGUGGACUUUCUCUCAGUGCUAUGAGGAUGUCAGUGUUUCAAUGUGUUUGGAACACAAAGCCCAAAUUGUUUACCUCUGACCUGGAAUCAGUUUAUAAAGCCGCCUGGUAUGCUCACUGCAUGGCCUUUAGAAUGUUAGAUUGCCACGUUUUGGUUCACAUCCUUGACCGUUCUUCUUUUGAUAGCAAUCCUUAGGUCAAACUAGCGGAAGGAAAUUACAAAGUGAAGAUUUCUUUAUAAGAAUACCUGGGCAAUUGGCAAUCUAUGUGAUUCUUUGGGAAAAUCACAAGGACAUGAUCAUUUGUAGUUUGGGGUUUCUGUAGAGAGAGGAUUGUAGACUUGCAUCAGCUUAAGAUAGUGAACAUUAUUUUUGCAUAGAGUCAUGUUAUGUUUAAUAUUAGAACAGCAUAUGUGCAUUACGCAGUAAGCGGUGACCAUUUCUAGAGUAAUGAUGCUGGCAGAAUGUAGAUAACAUAUGCUUCACACAUUUCAACAACAAAAUCAGGUUGUAGUGCAGUGAUAUCUAAUUCAUUUAUUUUUCUUCAUGAAGCAAUAGUAAUGUGAUUUCCCAGCCUGGACUGUAUAAUUUAAGUCUUUGUAUAAAAUAUGUAUAUAUAAUGGUGAGCACAAUGGCAAAACAAAAAAUGAAAAGCUUUUAGUGUUGCUUUGUAUCAAAUGUGAUUUCAAAGGGCCUGUGAUUUUUCAUCUAAUUGUCUGUAUACGGCCCCUGCCCCACGGAGAUCCUUAUCGUUUCUUCUGUCUGCCCAUUGCCCAUAUUGCAUGUUUUUGUGAUGGUUUGUUUGUACCUACUCUUUUUCAUCCUUUCUCAGAAACACAGUGCUGAUUGAUUUCCAUCCAAACCAUAGUUUGUGUGUCAAUAGACCAUCCUUAUGGAUUCCCUUUUGUUUCACUUAUUAAGGCAUCAAAAGGUUUCGAAUCAUUUGACUCAACUGAAGACACAUAUGCAUCUGGAGAGCAUCACAGUUUUUGUAUUGGGGAAAAGGAAUGUUACUUCAUUUAGGCAUUUUUGCCAAAACAGUGUUGCUUCAGCAUAAAUAAUGCUUUGUAUGUUAUACAAAGUUUUAGUGAUUCGUGACAUCAGUAAUAGACAUAUGUGUAUAUAUAAAACGAGAGAAGUAUUACUUUUUAAAGAACAUCAAAUUUCAGCAUAAUUACUGUAUUCUUCAGAUAGUUUUUAAUUGACAAAGAUUAGAGUGAUAACCUGUGACUGAUGUCACAUCUAAAUGGUAGGCUUUCAGUGUCACAUUGGAAAAUUUGCAAACGUACAUACUGUAACGUACAGUAUAAGUCAAGCAAGCUAUGUAGCUAACAAAAUUUCAUUAUUACUAAAUGUUAAGUGGCAUUUUAAAUGUUUGAUUGAUUUCCCCCAUUAAUGUCAACACUGAGGGAAUCAGGGUCAAAUAUAAGAUAUUGUAUUUAAUUUUUGGUUUCUCUUUUUGUUCUCUUUUGGUUUCUAGGUGAUAUUGAUGGGUUAACUUUGAGCUGGUCAAAUGUAUACGACUGCUGAUUUUUCUAAAAUAAAAUAUCAUAGAUUUUAUACCA